UCAUUAUGAGAAAAUUUUCCUUGUGCCCUCCUGGAGGACCAGAUAGAGUUUGGUUUCCUUCAGGGGUAAGGUUUGCCGGGGCUCUGCUGUCAAUGUUCUUUAUACUUGAGACUACUACUAAAACUUUGGUUCAAGAAUUUCGUGGCUGGCCUGAGGUUGUAAAGGGAGACCAAGAUGAACUGUUUUUCAUGUUGCAUGUCAGAAGAGAGACUAACCAGAAGGUCAUUAAAGAAGAGCAUCAAGAAAUACCAUGACACCAAAACUCUGGCUUCAUUUGCCAACAUUUCCUUCAAAAGUGAUAGCAGCAGAAAGAGAUAUAUUACCCAAGAAAUAACAAAAAUGGGUAAAGGCAAUAUAACUGCUAAGGUUUUUAAUUAUCCUGAGUUAUGCACCGCCACUGAAAACUUCAACCCUGAGAAUCAGCUUGGUGAAGGAGGGUUUGGGAAGGUCUACAAAGGGCAUGUUGAAAAUCCAGAUCAAGUAGUUGCUGUCAAGCAACUUGACAGGAAUGGAUAUCAAGGAAACAGAGAAUUCCUGGUUGAGGUUUUGAUGUUGAGUCUACUUCACCAUCCUAACCUUGUAAAUUUGGUUGGAUAUUGCGCUGAUGCGGAUCAAAGGAUUCUGGUCUAUGAAUACAUGGCUAAUGGCUCCUUGGAGGAUCACCUUCUAGAUUUACCUCCAGACAAGAAGCCAUUGGAUUGGAAUACCAGGAUGAAAACUGCAGUAGGUGCUGCUAAAGGCCUUGAAUACUUGCAUGAAACGGCUGAUCCCCCAGUGAUAUACCGCGACUUUAAAGCAUCAAACAUAUUACUUGACCAGGACUUCAAUCCAAAGCUCUCGGAUUUUGGACUUGCAAAGCUUGGUCCAACUGGAGAUAAGUCACAUGUAUCCACCAGGGUUAUGGGAACCUAUGGUUACUGUGCACCUGAGUAUGCACUGACAGGCCAGUUGACAACAAAAUCCGAUGUUUACAGCUUUGGAGUAGUGUUUUUGGAGAUAAUCACAGGAAGAAGAGUUAUAGACAACUCAAGACCAACAGAAGAACAGAAUCUUGUCACUUGGGCAACACCCUUAUUCAAAGACAGAAGGAAUUUUACAUUAAUGGCUGAUCCAUUGCUUGAAGAGGAUUAUCCCGUUAAGGGUCUCCACCAGGCACUUGCAGUUGCAGCAAUGUGUCUGCAGGAAGAAGCAGCUGUCAGGCCUUUGAUGAGUGAUGUGGUAACAGCUCUCGAGUACUUAACUGCAAACAAGGGUCCAGAAGAAGUAACAGCAAACAAGGGUGCAGAAGAAGGAGGAAACAGUUGACAGAUAAGAAUCAGUUUCUCCAUGUAGGCAUAGCGAUGGAGAGAUGUAGAAAAAAACCUCACAAUAAAUGAAGGUACAAGAAGAGGGUAACAGAGAGAAAAAAAAAAAGCUAAUGGAGCUCAUCAAACUCUUCCAUAUCAUGUUGCAGCUGGCCUGCACUCCCAUGGAGUGAACCAAAAUCUUCAUUUUUCCCAAUCCCUUCUGGUUCUGCUCUGCUAGUGCUGAUGGGGUUCACAGUUGGGGCCUCUCCGAAGGAAGCUUUACCAAUUUACUGCCCCCAAGGCUGCAAUGGUGCAAACCAACCUCAUUCCCGCUAAACUAAACUUUGUUUUUCUGCUCCUUUUUUUUGGGUUUAAUUUGGUAAGAAUUUGUGAAACUUAUGUCCUUCAUUUUUGUAUCAGGUAAAACUUUAGCAUGAUAAGCAGCUUCAUAUGUGUAUAUGUAUACAUGUAAACCUUACCUUCUUGUCAAUGUUUGAAUCCAAUCCAUCAGCCAUUUUCAUUGGUGAAA